AUGUUAUUAAGAGAUAGAUAUAGGAUAUACCCAGAUAUAAUUUCUUAAUUUAAAUUUAUUCUUGUCUUUAAUAUAAUAAUUUAUAAGUUAGAAUAUGAUAUUCCAACUUGCUUUGAUUAUGUAGAGGUUUCUUAGGCCUUUUUAGAAUCAUUAUAAUAGUAUAUUCAUUUUUAAUAAAUUUGCUAAAAUGAAGCUGCUAAAUGGUGUUAGAAAGAAAAGAAAAAGAUGGAAAAAGAAGUACUUAUUUUAAAUAAUUAUCAAGGAUUGA